AGACAACAAGUGUGCUGUAGAAUAAGAUGAAGAAUAUAUGUUAAGGAACUGGGGGUGAGAGUGGAGGGAGGAUGCUGGGAAUUAAGGAAAUAGCCAUUUUUACCACUCCAAUCCCAGUGUCUAAAUGUGAUGGACUUCCCAAAGAAAGCAGUCCUUUCAUCAACAGCAGCGCAGCCGGCAGUGUGGAUAAGAGCCAGCAGUAUGACGGCAAGACUAUGGCUCUGUUCGAGGAGGAAAUGGAUACCAGUCCAAUGGUCUCCUCUCUGCUCAGCAGUCUUGCCAACUACUCAAACCUGCCAACGGGCAGCAAAGAGCACGAAGAGGCCGAGAAUAACGAGGAGGGGGCUCGUCCGUCUAAAAAACCUGUCAAGGCUCCACAGCUGGGUACUCUGAUAGGUGUGUACUUGCCGUGUAUCCAGAACAUUUUCGGGGUGAUCCUCUUCCUGCGGAUGACCUGGAUGGUCGGGGUUGGAGGCGUCUUUGGCUCCUUUAUAAUUGUCUUCAUGUGUUGCUCCACAACAAUGCUCACAGCCAUCUCCAUGAGUGCCAUCGCAACAAAUGGAGUCGUACCAGCUGGAGGUUCGUAUUACAUGAUCUCUCGCUCUUUGGGGCCAGAGUUUGGUGGAGCUGUCGGGAUCUGCUUCUACUUAGGCACCACUUUUGCAGGUGCCAUGUACAUUCUUGGCUGUAUUGAAAUUCUACUGAUUUACAUCCUUCCUCAGGCAGCCAUCUUUAAGAUUGAGGGCCUGGAGGGGCCUGAGGCCGAGGAGGCUCUCCUCAACAACAUGCGGGUGUACGGCACCAUCGUGCUGAGCUUAAUGUCACUGUUAGUGUUUGUGGGGGUCAAAUAUGUGAACAAGCUGGCCCUCGUCUUCCUGGCUUGUGUCAUCCUCUCCAUCGUGGCUGUUUAUGCCGGAGUCAUCAAGACAGCUAUUGACCCCCCCGUCUUCCCCGUCUGCCUCCUGGGAAAUCGAACUCUCAUGUCUAAAGGAUAUGACAUCUGUGCGAAAGUCAUGGAUAUAGACAAUGAAACUGUCACCACCAAACUGUGGAGGACCUUCUGUGAUUCUGACAGCCUCAAUGCCACUUGUGACGAAUACUUUAACAACAACAACGUGACAGAGAUACAGGGCAUCCCAGGGGUCACCAGUGGCAUCCUGGCAGAAAACCUGUUUGGUAACUACCUGGAAAAAGGGAUGUUCCUGGAGAAGCGAGGGAUUGCAUCAGAAGCCAAUCCAGACAGUCCUCCACCCGGCUCCAACCGUUACGUCCUGGCUGACAUUACCAGCUUCUUCACCCUGCUGGUCGGGAUAUACUUCCCAUCUGUCACAGGUAUCAUGGCGGGCUCCAACCGCUCCGGAGACCUGCGUGAUGCUCAAAAGUCCAUCCCCAUUGGCACCAUUGCAGCGAUCACCACCACCUCUAUUGUGUACAUGUCCACUGUGAUCCUGUUUGGUGCCUGUAUAGAAGGAGUAGUCCUAAGGGACAAGUUCGGUGAAGGGGUCAAUGGUAACCUGGUGAUUGGGACUCUGGCAUGGCCGUCUCCCUGGGUCAUUGUGUUUGGCUCCUUCUUUUCCACUUGUGGAGCGGGACUCCAGAGUCUGACUGGAGCUCCACGUCUCCUGCAGGCUAUCUCUCGGGACGGCAUCAUUCCAUUUCUUAGAGUGUUUGGGCACGGCAAGGCCAACGGGGAGCCCACCUGGGCCCUUCUGCUAACAACCAGCAUCUGUGAGAUCGGCAUCCUCAUCGCCUCCCUGGAUGCAGUCGCGCCUAUCCUCUCCAUGUUCUUCUUGAUGUGCUACAUGUUUGUCAACCUUGCCUGUGCCCUGCAGACUUUGCUAAGGACCCCAAACUGGAGGCCGCGCUUUAAAUUCUACCACUGGGCUCUGUCUUUCUUGGGUAUGAGCUUGUGCCUGUCGCUCAUGUUCAUCUGUUCCUGGUAUUACGCCAUGGUCGCCAUGGGCAUCGCCACCUGCAUCUACAAAUACAUUGAGUUCUGCGGAGCGGAGAAGGAGUGGGGUGAUGGGAUACGUGGCAUCUCUCUCAGUGCUGCACGCUUCGCCCUCAUGAGGCUGGAGGAAGGACCGCCACACACCAAGAACUGGAGGCCUCAGAUGCUGGUUCUAGUGAGCGUGGAUGCUGAGCAGAACGUAGAGCAGCCUCGUCUGCUCUCUCUGACCAAUCAGCUAAAGGCAGGGAAGGGUCUGACUAUUGUUGGCACCUCAGUUCAAGGAACCUUCCUCGACAACUUCACUGAGGCCCAGAGGGCAGAUCAGUCGCUGCGUAAAUUGAUGGAGACGGAGAAGGUGAAGGGUUUCUCUCAGGUGGUCAUCUCCUCCAAUCUGAGAGAUGGGACGUCCCACCUGAUUCAAGUUGGUGGACUGGGAGGUCUGAAGCACAACUCUGUGAUGGUCAGCUGGCCCCGAAACUGGAAACAGCCAGAAUGCCACGAGCAGUUCAGGAACUUUAUUGAGGUGGUUAGAGAGACAACUGUAGCCAGUCUGGCCUUGUUGGUUCCUAAGAAUAUUGCCAGCUACCCGUCCAAUGGAGAGCGCUUCACUGAAGGACACAUAGAUGUGUGGUGGAUUGUCCAUGACGGAGGCAUGUUGAUGCUCCUGCCCUUCCUGCUGAGACAGCAUAAGGUGUGGAGGAAGUGCAAGAUGCGCAUUUUCACUGUGGCUCAAAUGGAUGACAAUAGUAUUCAGAUGAAGAAAGACCUCAUCACCUUCCUCUAUCACCUGCGCAUUGAUGCUGUGGUGGAAGUAGUGGAGAUGCAUGACGGUGACAUCUCGGCCUACACCUAUGAGAAGACAUUGGUAAUGGAACAACGAUCACAGAUCCUCAAACAGAUGCAUUUGACCAAGAAUGAGAAGGAGAGAGAGAUCCAGAGCAUUACGGAUAUAUCCCGUGGGUCCAUUCGGCGUAAAAACCCAUCGGCCUUGCGCUCGCAGCACAGCGUUGAUGAAGGAGCCAGCGUUGUAGAACAAACAGAAGACCAGGUGCAGCUGAUCCACAGUAAGAACACCUCCACACCAGCCAGCCCCACAAGCCCCACGUCUCCCGCUGUGCCUGCAGGGGGCGCCACAACCUGGACGGACAACAAGGGGGCAGAGAAGGGGAAGGGCCCUUCAGAAGGGAACCCAGAGGCGGGCAGAGACCCCUUCAACAUGAAGCCAGAAUGGGAGAACUUGAGCCAGGUUGACGUGAGGCGCAUGCACACGGCGAUGAGGCUCAAUGAGGUCAUCAUGAAGAAGUCAAAGGAGGCAAAACUCGUCCUGCUCAACAUGCCGGGACCACCCAAGAACCGUGUGGGCAAUGAAAACUACAUGGAGUUCCUCGAGGUGCUCACUGAAGGUCUCAAUCGGGUCCUCCUUGUGCGUGGCGGAGGACGGGAGGUUAUCACCAUCUACUCUUGAAGGACUUAAAGGUCUUUUAAGGGCACGCUCACCUUCGCUGGACUCUGUCCCCUAUCUUAUUGUUUCAAGAAAAUUCUCCCACACCAUGAUAUAUCUCCUCAUCUCCUCAUUGGAGGGAUGAUCUUGAGAAUCAGAAUACCUUUAUUCGUCCCACAGAGGGGAAAAAGCUUGUUAGUGUACACUAGAUUCUUAAAGAAUCUAACUGAAAAAAUCCUAGCUUAGUGUUGCCAACCGUUUUUGAGUGAAACAAGCUAGCAUCACUUGCUUAAAAAGUGGUCUGCAACUGUUUGUACUCUCUUAUUAGCUGAUAACAGCAGAUGAGUUUAUAAUUAGUUCUGACUCAGGCAAAACAAAAGACUCCAAAAGCUUUAUUUGUUCUCAGAAAAUGGAAGGUUUUCUUUCCCUUUUUUGACUUCAACUUUCUUUCCUGUUGCUUUCGUUUUGUUUUUUUUGUUAUUUAUGUAUGUAUUUAUUAUGAUAUAUUGGGUAUGUAUUUAUGUAUUUAUGUCUGUCUUUGUCCUGGUCUGUUUUUGUCUUUCACUCUAUGGUUGGAACUGGAAGUAUUAAUACUAGACACUUUCAUAUGUAUUAAUAGGAGUAUUAAAAUAGCAGAGGAUCUAGUUGUUAAUAUGUAAAAAAAUCCCCCAAACCAACUACCUGGAUGAAAUAUACUUACCAAUGGUUUGAACUAAACUUUGAGCUAAAUGUAUGAUGUAAACAAUUGUUUUGAUACCCGUUUUGAAAUGUAGUCUAACAGAUGAAAAGAAAUACCUAAAUAUUUUAAUCUUAACUUUUUAGUUUAGAUGUUAUGUGAAAUCUCAAAAAGAUUCAGACCUGGCAUCUCUACAUAUGUUUAAAAUAUAUUAUUAUAAUGUCAAAUGUUAUGGUGAAGGUUAAUGAAUCCACUUAAAUAUAUUUAUGUCAAACACGUUUAACUGCAUAAGUCAGUUUAAGAUAGAUAAGCAUACAGCAUAAAAGUUAAUCUUAGAGAGUUUAUUUUUUUAAUUGUAUCAGAAAUUCUAGAAAUAAUUUAAACUAUAUAUUGUAUUUUAUGCAUGUGUGGAGUGCACUGCCUUGCUAUUUAAGUAUUUAGUUAAACUACUUUAAAUGCUUAUUUGCUGCCAUACUAUUGCACACUAUUGGAGCAUCUGAAGUAAUAAACUUUGAUAUUGUCAAGGCAAACGCAGGCAUUAAAUGCAGACGCCCAAAAAUACCUUGGAAUGAGGAAUCUCAGAAGGGUUAAGUAAAAGUGGUUGAGGAUGUUUUAUGCACUAAGUUAUAUUAUCCUGCAGAGUACCUCUCAGAGGUUUAGUUUGUGUAUGUGUGAGUCUGUGUACAGUGAUAUUUAGUUUAUUUUUGUGUGCAAUUUAGUCAUUUCUGGACAUGCAUUAAUAUGUGUUGUUUUGUCAUCGAUAUUCACACUUGUUAAAAUCCACUGAUUCUGCAAAAGUUAUAUACUAGGAUAUGAACAGUAAGGGUCGGGCGAUCUUGCAUAAACUUGCACUGGAAAAUGCAUAGUUUAUGACAUCAGGAAGGCAACAAGGCAUAGGCCUAUAGUUUAAAUAGUUAAUGAUGAAAGUUGUUGUCCAAAUUUGUAUUUACACAGUAGUUUGAUUUAUUGCCCUCUUCCGUUUGGCCUAUAGCGCCAUAACGAAUUUGACUUAAAAGAUUCUAAACAACUUUCUAGAAAAUAGCAUUCAGUAUCUUUCAAAGGAAAAUGCAAGACUUCAAAUGUUUUUAUACAUGUAUUGUUUGUAACGCUGUAGAAGAUUACCCACGCAAUCACACACAUUGAUAUGUCCUCUUUUUGGUUAAUAUCUGUGCAGUCCUCAGUGUUUCCCUUAUAACUCUGAAAAGUGUGGGUGCAGAACUAUAACAACGGUACUGAUUCAUAAGAAGAUGGUUGAGCUCUCCAGGUGGAUCAGUCACCGGUCUGCAGAAGUCCGCAUUUUCCAACUUCCUCACACAGAAAGUGUGUUUAUGUGUGUGCGCUGUUUGGACCUGAUACACUGUGGGUUUGAGUGAGGACAGUGUGUGUAGGCUAACAUAACAGCAAGACAGAGUGAAGAUGGGAUACUUGUACAUGUGUGUGAUUUUAGGUUUAGAGAUAACGUGUAAUGUGUGUAAACACAGGUUUUAUAGAUAUCACAAAGGCAGUUUGUAUUGUCUUUUAAAAUUAUAAACGUUGUGUUAUGUUCUACCAUGUAUUAUGCAAUCAUAAACAAGUAAUGGUUUGAAUAAACCAUUUUAUA